CUUUCUCCCUGUGUGUUCCUCCUCCACAUCCUUUUGUGCUGGGUCAGGGGAGAGAUACCAAUCUCUACUUUCGAUUUGGGACACCACCGUCGUAUCUAUAUUUUGAAUUGGAUCGCCCAACAUUCUCUCUGGCUCUAAAUUUGUGCUGUGCUUUGUUUCUAGAAAUGCAGCAUCAUUUCAAGUAUCGGGAAAGCUUGGUUGAAUUGAUGCUGUCAAUUGACAAAAUGUGUGGGAUUGCUUUCUUUGUGGUGUUUGAUGAUUUUAUGGACGUGAAAGGGUUGGCUUGAUGCUUCGGCUGUUCAAAAAACACUUUCUGAUCAUCAGGCUUACUUCUGCUUCUAGAUAGCUUUUAAUCUUAUCUGAAGAUAGCUUGCAUCAUGGGAGUGGUGGCAGUAUUGCACACUGAGUCUCUGCAGCUUGACUGCAAGGACACGAAGCAUGUGACUGAGAAAGACGUUUAUAAUCAUCUAACAUCAAACGAAGAGCACCUACUUGGAGAAGAAUCAAGUCAAUCAACAAAUUACCAAAAGAUCAAUACUAUGCGUGAGAGAGGAUAUAUGGAAUAUGGAUGUCAACAUUACCGGAGAAGAUGCCGUAUUAGGGCCCCCUGUUGCAAUGAGAUUUUUAAUUGCCGCCAUUGUCACAAUGAGGCAAAAAAUAAUAUCAACAUUGAUCAGAAGCACAGACACGAUAUUCCCCGCCAUCAAGUUAAACAGGUUAUAUGUUCACUUUGUGAGACCGAACAAGAGGUUCAGCAAAACUGUAUUAACUGUGGUGUUUGUAUGGGCAAGUACUUCUGUGGGACCUGCAAGCUCUUUGAUGAUGAUGUAUCGAAGAAGCAAUAUCAUUGCAGUGGCUGUGGAAUUUGCAGAACUGGAGGAUGUGAAAAUGUCUUCCACUGCUACAAAUGUGGUUGUUGCUAUCCAACUCAGAUGAAAAACAGUCACCCUUGUGUGGAAGGAGCAAUGCAUCACGAUUGCCCCAUUUGUUUCGAGUAUUUGUUUGAAUCUGUGAAUGAUGUCCUUGUUUUGCCCUGUGGACAUACAAUACAUAAGAGCUGCCUGAAUGAAAUGAGGGAACAUUUCCAGUAUGCAUGCCCUCUCUGCUCGAAGUCAGUUUGUGACAUGUCAAUGAUUUGGGAGAAGCUUGACAUGGAGAUUGCUGCUACACCAAUGCCUGAAGCAUAUCGAAACAAAAUGAUUUGGAUCCUUUGCAAUGAUUGUACUAAAACUUCUCACGUCCAAUACCAUCUUGUUGCCCAAAAGUGCAUGAACUGCAAAUCCUACAACACACGGCAAAUAAGAGGCUGAGGAAAUGCCCUUACAUGUGGGAAUUCUUAUUUCAACUGCACGAAAGCCAAUGUAAGAAAAAAUAGUUUAUCAUGUGGCUCAGCAGUUACCAUGUUCAGGUUGGGGGCAAACUAGUUACGGUUACCCUUUUACUCUUAGUGUUACACUCUUCACUGUGUAACUUGUUUGUUUGGGGUGAUGCCAACUUUCAAAUUAGCUGUUACUUUAUAUAUAUGUUCCUACAGUUACUCAUAAACAUGUUGCCAAUCUUAUCAUAAGAGUUGAGCUAUGGUCAAUUUUAUCCUAGUUUUCUUAGAACGUCUGUGGAAGUAAUUUAUUUGAGUUGUUUUAUAUAGUAAAGAAAUGUGAUUUGUGUUCCUUGUA